UUGACAUUUUGACUCUGCUCGUUUGGGCAGAAGAAAAAGCCAUGAUGGAGCAACCUCUGACCUGCAAAGAAUGUUUUGCGAAAAGCCACAUGGGUGCAAAACACCUUACCAAGAAAACAAGUAAGUGCAUUCAGGUUGACAUGGACUUGGAAGAAGAAUCCUCGAGCGGAAAGAGAAGCUCUCCAGAUAUACUUGACUCGUUGGACACAACGACAGCAUCUCCCUCCUCUGAGAACUUGCAGCCUUGCCAGCUUCCAAGCGCACCAGCCAUGCCCAGAGAGUUCCAGUCUCUGCCUAUGCUGUGGCUUCCGCCUCCACUUCUGCCACCCCCUCCUUUGAUGCCCGGCAUGAAGGCCACAUCUCUGUGCAACAAGGCCCUGCCGUCCUGCAGUGUUGAAGGUCUAGCCUGUGGUUCAGGAAGGACACCAGGCUCCACGACGGCUCAGAGGCCAGCGCUGCAAAUGAAGCCGUUCAACUGGCAAACGCUUCCCUUAGAUGCCACGAAAAGUGGCCGUUCUCUCUGGACUUCAGCGGUGACCAACGGUGAUGAAGCUAUAGAGCCUGAUUAUAUUAGCAUAGAGCGACUUUUCUGUGUUCCACAGACAAGCCAGCAGGAGAAAACAGAACUCCGGCUAAAGAAGCCAAAGGAGAUUUCCUUCGUAGAUCGAAAGAAAAGUCUCCAUCUGAACAUAGUGCUCAAGCAAUUUAAAUGCUCGAAUCAGCAAAUAGCUGACCUGAUCUGGAAAGGAGACAUGAGCAAGUUUGACGCCGAGGCCCUGAAAAACCUAAUGAAGCUUCUGCCCCAAAACCACGAGAUAGAGAGAAUGAAAGCAUUCAAGGGCGAAAAAGCCAAGCUAGGAAAUGCAGAUCAGUUUUAUCUGUGUCUCCUUGAAGUUCCCAGCUACCACUUGAGGAUUGAAGGGAUGUUGAUAUGUAUGGAGACCAACAUUAUUCUGGAUCUGCUUUGGCCCAAAGCAAAAUUGGUGAGAGCAGCCGCUGAAACGCUUCUUACAAACCGGCGCCUGCCAGUGUUCUGCCAGUUGAUUCUGAAAGUUGGAAACUUCUUAAAUUAUGGGCGUCACAGUGGGAAUGCUGGAGGCUUCAGAAUCAGCACGUUGCUCAAACUAACCGAGACAAGAGCAAAUAAAAACAGCAUUACUCUGCUUCAUCACAUCCUAGAGGAGGUUGAAAAAAAACACAGAGACCUUUUACAGCUUCCCAAUGAUCUGGAGUGCGUUUCAAAGGCAGCUGGAAUCAAUUUAAAAGAGAUGCAAGUGGAAGUGGAAGGCCUUCUAAAGAAAUUGUUGGAAACAGAGCAAAAGAUAUCUUCAUCCAAGGAUGAUGUGAAAGUCCAGUUUGGGAAAUGUAUUAAAGUAAGUUACAUGGAUUUAAUAAUGGUGCCAGGGAUCGAACCUGGGAUCUUUUUGCAUGCAAGCCACGGAGCUAUGACCCCUCUGAAAUGA